AUGGACGAAUCGGGAUUCUCAACAGUCCAAAAUCAGACCAAACGAAUUGUCGCCACAAAAGGGCGAAAACAAGUUGGUACAUUGAGUAGUGCCGAAAGAGGUCAACACUUUACAGCAGUGUGCUGCAUGAACGCAAUUGGACAAUAUGUUCCACCUACUUUAAUAUUUCCGCGAAAAAAUAUGAAGAAAGAAUUGACUGAUAAAGCACCAACCGGUUGCGUGGGUUUACCGUCCGAAAGUGGAUGGAUGACUGGGGAGCACUUUUUAACGUGGCUAAAACACUUUGUGAAGUAUUCUAAGCCAAAUUCAUCAGAUAAUAAAGUGUUGUUAAUUCUGGAUGGGCACAGUAGCCACAAGCAUUUGUCUGCUUUAGAAUAUGCAAAAGAGAAUAAUAUUGUAUUGUUUUGUCUACCUCCACAUUGUACACAUAGAGUUCAACCUUUAGAUGUAACAUUCUUUGGACCUCUAACAACUUAUUAUAACUCUGAAGUCACCAAAUGGUUCCGUUCACAUCCUGGGCGAACAAUUACUCAUUAUCAAGUGGGAGAGUUAUUCAAAGAAGCGCACGUAAAAUCUGCAACUGUUUCUAAUGCUACAAAGGGCUUCGCGGCAACUGGAAUCUUCCCAUUCAAUGAAGAUGUCUUUCCCGAAUGGAUAUUCAUUCCUUCAGAAACAACGAACAAUGAAAUUAAUAGCAAUAAUAGCCUUGAGCCUGUUGAAUUCAUGGAAUCUAUUCCAUCAAAUAGUGAACCAAUUUCAUCGAAAACAGCAAGUGCCGAACCCAUGCCAUCAACUUCGUCAACACAAAAUAGCACUGUAAAUUAUUUUGACGAAAUUCACUUAAAGGACAAGACAGUCAAUGAUAACUUGAGUUAUGAAAAAUAA